UGUAAAUUUGUUCCAUCAGGUACAGGACGACACUCCCUCUGGGCGCUCGGCUCCUACAUCCCAGAGUUCACUGUUGUUCUGAUGUUGGAUGACAUCCAGGUGGGAUACUAUGACUCAAAGGUCAACCAGGUGAUGAGGACGAGCACGGCAUCUGACCACAAAGCGGAACUCAACCUGGGCCAGGAGCCCGUGAAUGUGCUACGAGACAUUUACUCCAGCAUGAGGAAGAGGCUGAAUCUGGUGAAGCAUCGCUUUAACCUGACCAUCGAUGGCGUUCAUGUCCAGCAGAGGGUGACGGGCUGCGAGGUGCUGGAGGACGGCCAGCCAGCGCUCAUCAUGUUCAGAGAUGGCUCCAAUGGGCAGGACGCCGACAGCCUGCUCUACAACAUGACGCACUUCACGUAUGCUGUCAGGGAGGGCUGGGAGAUCCAGUGGGACGCCCUAAAGAAAACAUCCUUCCAGAUGCUGUAUUCAAACAUCUAUCUUUCGUUCUGCGUGCGGACGCUCCAACACUUCCUAGAGUGUGAGAAGCACCUUGUGAUGCGAAGAGUGAAGCCUCGACUCCGCUUUAUCACCAGGCAAGUGGUGAGUGGGGGUCAGGUCACCUGCCUGGCUACAGACUUCUACCCUCGCCACAUUAACCUGAGCCUGCUGCGGGACGGCCAGCCCGUGGACGAAGGCUCGGUGCGCGUCGGCUCGGUGCUGCCCAAUGGUAACGGCCUUUACCAAGUGAGGAAGAUGCUGAUGGUCGGCGAAAAGGAGCUGCAGAGGAAACACAACUACACCUGUGAGGCGUUUCACCUGAGCCUGGACAACCGGCUGAGGAUAAACUGGAGGGCGGAGUCAUCGUACUCUCACAGAGUUCAUUCCAUCUCGCCUCUGGUCGUCCUGAUGCUCGCUGCCGUCCUGCUGCUGCUGCUGGUGCUGAGGAGGAAGAGGAGGAAGGAGAGGUCAGAGGGCGUGGCCACAGAAACACAGGAGCAGGUGGGAGAGAGUGAGCAGUCAGACGACCUCGUGACCUCAUGACGUGACUCUGUGUGACAUCAGAAUCACCUUUAUGGGUGUACCUACAGAAGGAACCGAGCUCCAGUUUGUCUCUUUGCUCGUGCUGCAAACAGAACAUAGUAACAUGUAUGAAAUAUUCACAUGUACAAAAAUAUAUUUGCAUAUAACAUAUUUCCAUCAUGAACUCUGUACUAACAGAGCAUCUGUGGAGGCGGAGCUCCAGUUUCCAGAAUUUCAGGAGUGUGACCAUGCCUCCAAACACGCUCCUGAUUCUCAUCUCUAUAUGUUCCCCCAGUUCUGCAAGCUGUUCACUCUCGAUUACGUGCCCCACCCUCCCUUUUCAAUUCUCUAACUUCUUCACUUCUGUUUAGUAGAUGAAACAGAAAUGUCCGUCUGUUAUUUAUAAUAAAGUCAUGAUUUUAUUUAUGUCAUAUUUAUCUGUUGAUGGAUGCUUUGUAUUUCAGACUUUGUAUGCUGUGUCCUGAGUCUGUGUGUUUCCUGUUUUAUUUUGAUACUUCCUGUCCUGUGUGCAGUGUAUCUAGUUUUGCUUCCCUCUGUCUCGUUAGGUCUGAUGUGUCCCAGCUGUGUUCCCCAUCCUCUCGUUGUCCUGCUGUGUUUUCCUCUGUCACGUUAUACCCUCGCUGUGCUGUUUCUCCCUUCGUGUUCCUCGCCAAGUUCUAGUUCUCGGUUCCUAGUUUGGUUUAUUUCUAGUUCUCAUGUUCAGGGUUUUGGUUUGUUUUUGUGAGUUUAUUCUUAUGGAGAGUCUUCCCAGGAAUAAAGCUGCCACUUUAAGUUUUCAUUCCGUGUACAAGUCCUGCGUUUGGGUCCCUGCCUGCUGCAGCACACACCACGAACAUGUGCAAAGGAAAACAAAUUUAAAGAUCAGAGCCAGGAGGAAUGCUCAGAGGGCAAAGGUCACCAGUUCACAGAAAGAAAGCAGGUGAUUGGCCACAGCUGCAGAGGUUUGUAUUUCCACGGUGACCCUGUUGUAUGCACAACAAAAUCAUUUGGAGCUACGUCCAUGAAAGCUAAACUCCAUCUUCAUCUGCUGAAUCUGAGCCAGGCUGAAACACCUGGUCUGAAGCCUGUGGGAGGUGUACAGCUGGUUC